CGAAUAGUUAUCCGCGGGAUUACAGUUGUAACGUUGCACAUCUAUGUCUCGCUCAUCAAAAGAAGAUUGGGUUUGUAGUGAUCCAAAGUAAGAUUGCCAACCUUCACAAAUAAGCUUUCAGAUGUAAAAAUGUGAAUUUUGCUAAAAGGGACAAGUGCAACCGUUGUGACAAGCCUAGGAAAUUUGUGGCUUCAGGUAAUGCUGGUUUAGAGGUCGGGAAACAGCUAGCUGAAAAAAGCAAAGGUCUUUUCAGUCCAGAUGAUUGGAUUUGUAAGACAUGUGGAAAUAUCAACUGGGCACGUCGAAGUACCUGCAACGUGUGCAAUGGAUCGAAGGUCGACAUACAAGGCGAAAGAACAGGUUAUGGUGGAGGGUUUAUGGAGCGUGAUGAAGUAGUAGAGUACAGAGAACGCAGAGACUCAGAUGAUGAGUUUGAUGAAUUCGGUCGUAAAAAGAAAAGCUUUCGAAAAAAUCAGAGUGAGCAAUCUAGCAACCAUGACUCGUCCAAUUUGGGUAACAAUUCUGUUACACGAGUUCAUGAUAAAGAUGAUGAGGACGAAAAUGGCAAUAAUAAAGGUGAUGAUAGUGAAGAUGAAGAUUCUGGUGAUGAUGCUGAUCUCUCAAAGUAUGAUAUUUGGGGGGCAGGAAACAACGAUUCGGAUGAUGAGUUAUCAAAUCAACGAAAACCUGCAUCUUCACAAGAAGCUGCAAAAAACAAGUCACGAAGUCAUAGCCACUCUUCUUCUUCGGAUUCAGACUCUGAUUCUUCCUCAUCUUCUAGCCAGACCUCACAUUCAUCACACUCUGACUCAUCAAGGUAUUUUGAAUUUUAAAUAUUUUAUAUUUACGGAAGUCAAUUUAUGUACUCAGGUUAAUAUGUUUUGGCCAAUUAGUUUUCUAUCAUUUUAUUCAUUGAUAUUUAUACUAUGUAUGAAUCGAAGAACUUUGGACAUUUUUCAAAAGCUGUUUACUGAUAUCGUAUAAUAUACAUAGUUUUCAUAAGAUAGUUUUAGAUGUUAAUAAUCAAGUAGAAAAAACCACAGAGUUUUAGUGACCUAGUUAACAAUUAUUGAACAACUCAUGUGAGUAUUAACGUAAGCAACCGGAAAGCAGGUUACCAGAGCCAUCUCAGUAGCUAUGACUGAUGUUAGUAAUGGAUUCAGUGUGGUUGAAAAUAUAUUUGCGAUCCCAAGGUGUUCAGUGUCCUUACAAGAGUAAUAAUCUACUAAACUAUCAUAAAAAAUGAAGAACACUAUUUUAUUUAUAUACAUAAGUUGGUCCACCAGGGUGCUGGGAACCUGUGUGGUUGCGUCAAAGGAUUGAGCUAUACUAUUCAGAUUGUAAUGUCAAAGCCUAUAUGGUAAAUGCUCUUUAAUCGAACACUAAUAGGCGAGUCAGAGCUUAUGACGAACUGUCAUUUGAUUUCGUAACCUCAGGUGGUGUCCGACAACACUGUCCAUUAUCUCCAUUUUUGUUCAAUUUCAUCAUAGACCUAGUGCUGGAAAUAAGGUUCUCGUCGUCUGAAUUUUCAAGAAUUGAUCUCUUCCCAGGAGGUCACUUAUCGACUUGGAAUACUCAAAUGAUAUAGUCCUGUUUGGUGAAGGCGCUGAUAAAAUGCAGUCUUUUGGUAGCACUGAGCAACAAUGCCAGGAUGUUUGAGAUGCGUUUCCCGCCCCUCUAAAUGCAAGUUGUUGCUUCAGGACUGGCCUGCGUCAACACCUAAACUAAAGAUAGGGAGUAAAAUAGUCGAACGCGUUGACAACUUCACUUAUCUUGGAAGUCUGAUCAGCCCUAAUGGGUUGGUGUCUGACAAAAUCUCUGCACGGAUUUAGAAAGUUGGUUUGGCUUUUGACAACUUAUGUCACCUAUGGCGAAGGCUGCGCAGCAGUUCGUUCUGUUUUACUUCACGUCUGCGGAAUGUGGCCAUUAAGGGUAGAAGAUACUCGUAUUUGAUCACAGAUGUUCUAGAAAUAUUGCUCGCAUCUGUUGGGAUCACCGGGUAAGUAGUACUGAGGUGAAACUCAGGGUAUUAGGGAAUGAUGGUAAAUCAGUUGAUGAGGUUGCGAAUCUUCAUCGACUGAGAUGGUUGGGCCACGUGUUACAUAUGCCUGAACAUCGAUUACCACGACGUACAAUGCUGUCUAGUGUUGGGAAUGGUUGGAAGAAAGUUAAGGGUGACCAAACCAAAACGUGGUAUCAGUCCUUGAAGUGACUAACUUCUAGUCUGAGCCAUGUUGUUAGAUGCAGACUACUUGGUUGGGGUCCGCGUGACUAUCGUAACCUAUGGUUGGAGACUGUGGGUGAUAUGGCUCAGAAUCGAUCACAAUAGCGUAGGUGUACAGACUCUUUGUCUUCCCUUAAACCAUGAGAUUAGAAUUGCUGUGUGCCUUUCUUUCUACGAGCUAAUUCUUUCUUCCUGUAUUAUAUGCUUAUACACAAUCUUUCUUUGAUAUAUUACUAUCGUUGAAGUAACUACUUCUAUGAUCUUGUUGUGUUAAUGAGGUGUGGCAACUUGGACCGUUGCAUAUAUGUGCCUGGUCCUACGUUGUGACUGGCUGACUGAGAUACAUGAAUACUGGUACAAGGAGGCACCAAGAUAAUUAUGUGUCACGCAAUAAGGAAAUGAGAUUAUGAAGCGAUACAGGAAGGAAGAUAAACAUAAUCUAAAACAAAAUCAACAGAUGCAUAAACGUUAAUGAAAGUUUAAAAAAAUUAUGAGGGAAGCAGUUCUGUCGAGAAAAAUACAACCAGCAAAAAUCGUCUGUUACUGGAGCUUCUCUCACUUUUAUGAAAGUAAAAUAAGAUUAUAACAAAGCCACUGCUAGCUUCUAAGUGAUACCUAAUAAUGUCUCAAGUUACUGUGUUGCAAUAUCUGUAAGGCCCGACUAGGAAACUAUGGAGGGCUGACAGAGUCCAGUCGUGUACAGCUUUCAUAUCACAGUAUCUUCACUUUUUCCAACCAGUCCCUGCGUCGGCAAAUAAUAUACGAGGUGGAAUUCGCUGGGACAACAUUCGUAGCUUAUGUCCAUGCCGCCAAAAUCUAUGUUUAAAAUUGGUGACAUUAACCGAAUUAUCGUCACUGUGCCCAAACACACGUUCCCAAGUCGCCGCAUCACUAAUAUGCUAUUGCCACUGAACGUCACCAAUCCUUCUUUGAUAACGUUAACCAAACACAUAGUUGUCUAACAUCCCCAAUGAUGAGAUGUCAGGUUUCACAAACAUAUAGCAAGAUUGCUCUCACCGACACGUUUUCAACUCAACCUUUAACAACCAAAUUAACAUCACGAAAGCAUCAAAGAUAGCCCAGAUUGACACAGGCUUCUCUAGCUUUCACUUUAUUUAAACCAAUCUCAUCAGUUACGCCACCUCCAGCAAUUACACAACUACAGAUAUAUGGACGUUUUGACUACUAAUUGUUCACUAACAGGACUGAGUUCAUGCACAAGUUCCUGUCAAUUUUGUAAAGACUCUUUGCAUUUGGAAAGUGCAAAGCACAUGCCAUACCUAUGGACAUUGGUUACCAACUGACUAAGAGCGAUUUGCAGGGUUUGAAUCAUCGCACAGUAAGACAAUAUCAUCAUCAUGCCAAAGGUCGAAAAGUCUUUUUCUGGGUAAUGAGUCCGCACCCUCAUUAUCUACUUCCAUCAGAGAUGUUUCCAGAACGUCACCGAUGGCAAAGUUAAAGAAGAAUGGCAAGAUUAGAGAAACCUGUCUAACCCCAAUGCUUGAGUAGAUCAGUGGUGAGGUGGUUGCAUGCCAUCAUUUUGCCAGAGGUGUUUGUAUACAGAGCCCUCAAGAUGUUAACACACUUUAUGUACACCCUUCUUCAACAGACAAUUCGAUAGAAUAGUUCAACAAAUCGUAGUAAUCAUUAGUCUAUAGUGGUUAGACUGUUAAUACAACUGGCAUAACGCUAGAGAACUAGUACAGCUAAUAUCAACCAUUCUUUAAGUAUUCAAAGUGAAUAUUUGGGUUUUCUGAGCUAGAUAGUUUGAGCGUUUAUUAUUUAUUUAUUUACUUAUUUGAACACAUAAAUAUUGGUACAAAGGAGCACCGAAUACAUAUUCGCCAAACAAGUCAAUUGAUUUGUGUGUGGGUUGUGAUACUGCCUAGGUGCCCAGACUGAAGCAGGGGACCACUCCCAGAGUCUUCGACCUAAAGGUCUGAUCCACAAAGCAGUGGGGCAACGUCAUGAGACUCAGUCCCAUGGUAGCCGGAGAUCGACGGUUAGUUCAUACGCCAUUUGUUCCUUCAGGAUACUGGAGCCCAUGUACAACAUUGCUUUGGAAUUAGAGUUUUCCAACUCCCCUAGGUAGAUCCCCCAUAUUCGCCAACCCGGUUAAAGCGCCGGACAUUCGCUUUUCGUCCUCUCAACUUCGUAAACAACACACCCGCUACGAGAAUGCAGAGUAGAAAUUUCCUAGAAGUGGCUGUGUGAAAGCAUUUCGAGAAGGUGAGGUGACUGUCCCCACCGCCGGUCGUACCAGGACAUUUGGAGUGAAACGCCUACAGUUACCCUGGACAACGUCAAUAUCAAAUUCAAUAAUGUAAAUUUUAAGCUUGUCUUCCAUGACUCUUAUUGCUAUGUACACUUACAUUGUUAGCGACUGUUUUGCUUAGCAUUAUUAGUCUACAUUUCCUUCAUAAUUUGGUAGAUUCGUUCCAUAUUGUUUUGUCUGUUUGUUGUUUCUUCGGUUUGUGGUUUACAUAUAUUUCGAGUUAAAUUCAUACUGAUGUCUUUCCACGCCGAUUGGUAUAUAUUAAGUAGCUAUUAAUCACUAUGUAUAUUAUAUUAUUUAUUUAUUCAGUUCUUUAUGAUAUCUUUCUUAUUUGUUAGAAUUUUUCGCGCAAAUAGUACUGAUUUUUUAUGAACCCUUUUAUUUUACAUAAUGUAGUGCUUGAGUUAUCUUUUUCUUGAUAUUAAGAUAUGAUUCAAUAUUCUGUUAGUGUUUUUAAAUUUUCUUGUAUGUAAAGACGAUGUGUUCUGUAAUUGUAGUGUAUAAUUUCAUGGUAAUAGUUUACUAAUGGUGCAUUCGUACAAAUUUUUAUUUUCGUGGAAUAAUCAGCAAAUGGCUUUUUUAAAUUUCAUGUUGGGUCAAGGUACUGAAGUUAGUUUGUUUGAUUAAGAUUCACAUAUGGUUUGUUUUCAGCAUUAAAUUUAUACUGCGUUUGUUGACUUUUUGAACAGAUCGACUUUUAUUAAGUCAUUCACAAGCCUGAUAAUGAUAUCAACGUUCUAUUCUACCACAUCAUAUAAUCAUCGUCCGGCUUAAUUUUGCCUUGUGGUCUUGUAAUUUUGUGCCCUGUGCCUAAGAUUUAAACAGUAAUUUAUAGUCUGUUAUCUCUCAAGUAAUUAUUAAAAUGUUAAAUUCUUGAUUGUGUUGUACUCAAAAUGUCUCAUACCUUGUAUAUUAUAAUUUUAGUUCCCACAGUGAAGCAUCUUCCAAACUCGAAAAUCAAUCCAAUAGCAAACGAUCUCAUCCUAACAACGGGAAUGCAGACAAUGAUAGUGACAACUCAACUCGUGUAAACCACAAACGAAAAAAACAAUAAUGGACAACAGCAGCACGAUCGAUUGAUGUCCGGUACAGAGAGAAGUGCCAAUCCCUAAUAUAAUCUCUACGCUCCGUGUCGCUUAUAUAUACAUAUAUAUAUAUAUAUAUAUAUAUAUAUAUAUAUAUAUAUAUAUAUAUAUAUAUAUAUAUAUAUAUAUAUAUAUAUAUAUAUAUAUAUAUAUAUGCAUUAUACUUUGCGUAGUAGUUACUUCGUUAGCGAUCUUUUUUAAAUUAAUUUAUCCUAAACAAAUCUGUAAGCUCCAAUCUAGGUGUAAUCGAUAUGGGUCUAUGAGAAUCUCAUAGAAACUAGUAUUGAAGCGUUUAUGGACACAAAAAUAAAUAUAGUCCACAAUGAAAUGAUCGAAAAAGCAGUCGACUUUCCACUUUGGAAGCACCAAUCAAAAACUUAUUGUUUACUACCCAUUCCUCACCCCCCCCCCAAAAAAAAAACUUGAAUAGUAAUAGACUUCACGAUCCGUUAACAAGUUGUAUUUUUGGUAAAUCUUGACUCUGUAAAUCUUUUAGGUUAGACUUCAUAAUCACCAACAAUUUGUCGAAGUAUUAAUUUGGAGAAAUUCAUAGUUCUUUUGGUAUUGUGCAGCCACUGACAUCAAAAGUUCAGUUUCAUAUAAUAUCAACUAUAAUCUUCAUAUGUCCAUCAUCCAUAGAUUUCUGUAGAGUAACCCAUUCAUAUUAUAGUUGGAUAUCUUACACAAAUAAUCUUAACUUUCAAACAUUUAUUUACUUGGUCGUUAUUAGUUUUUCAGUAAUUCUAUAUCCUCAUUAGCUUAAAGGGGGGAGUCAGUUUUGUUCAACAACCUUACUCAUAUCAAUAUGAAAACUAGUGCUAACACAAAUUUGUCCCAGUCUCUACGUUCGUUAUGGCUAACUGAUCAGUCUUUUUAUUAAAUCAUUUCGAUUUCCAUAAAAUUGACCUUUAUAUUUUUUCCCAUUGUUUAUACUAAUAUAAUAUUUACUGUAAUCGUUUGUCCAUUUAUUCAACUAUCAGAUAUACACAAUAUCCAAUAUAAAACUUUAAAUUAAAACCUCAUAUAGAAGAGUACUGGUGAUGCAAUUUCGUUGUUUGUUUAGCACAGCAGUGAGAUAGCUUUAAAUAUAUUAAUAAGUCUAUUUAUAUUGCAAGAAUUUCGUAGCAUACCAUGAUGAGAGAAGUCGAGAAAAAUGUAAUUUCAAUUGGAUUAGUAAAGGAUAUGAAGUAAAAAGUAGUUAAUUAUGCAAGACUAUAAGCUAAACAGUGUGGUUAUAAAACUAUACAGAGCAGUUUCAAGUUGCAUUUUCAGCUACUAAUAACAUUCUAGGUCAUUGUUCAUGUUACUAAGAUGUAUGGAUAAAAUUAAUUCAUUCGCGGACCUAAACGUUUCUAUCUCAUCGACCUAAUGCCAGUCACUACUUAGACAUAUGUAAUAUGAAUCAACCAUAUAAAUCACUACAGGUCCAUAACCUAAUAAGCAAAAACGCGUACUAUGCAUGGAAAAUCCAGUUAAGUCACUACAUCGUUCAUUUCUUCCUUGCAUAAUAUCGCCUCAAUGACCCUUUAGACAGCAGUAAACCAGCUAUGUGCCAUACUCCUAUAUGUUCUUUUAAUGAACAGGGAAACUGUUUAUUGUUGGACAGUGUGUACCAUUCAUCUUUACCAAAUCUUUCCCCAAUCAAUAGCAUCAAUGUGCAAUAGUGAAAUCUUGAAGUAAGUUGUUUGAUUACUUUGUUUUCCAAUAUCAAACUGGGUAUGAGCAUCCUGGCAACUAGAAAGUCAUCUAUUAUGGUAAUUUCCUAACUCCUGUUGAUUAAUAGAUCUUAUAUUUAAUAUACAAGUACCUUGUAUUUUGAUUUAGAUAGUGAUUUUAUACGGCUCAAUGAAGCUACUCCCUCAUUUCCAUCACUACAAGGAAUUUCAUUUUAUAAAUAACCAAAUAAUUAAUUUUUCAUUUAUCUUAGUUCUUUUAAGUUGACUGAUGGCUGAUUAUUUAUCCCUGUUUUUUCUUCAUUGCUCCGAAUUCAUGUAUCAUUGUGUUCAUCAUCGGGAAAUGCGAUCAUCAUGCCUCAUUUUUUCACAACCUAUUCUGUUGGCAUUCAAAUCAUAAACAUUAUACCUAUCAGGCCACUCCUGCAAAACAACAGUUAUUCAGGACAGCAAUUUUUUUCUAUCUCCUUUACCUACAAAAUAAUUAAAUUACAGUAUAAAGAUGUCAUUGUAUAUUGUUCAUCAUUCCUAUGUCAGCUUCAAUGUCAUCUUCACCUUUUUGCAACUCUAUCCCCCUUUUUGUAUGUGUGUGUGUGGUUAUGUCAUUGGGAUUUAUUUCCUGUCUUUCUCUUAAAAUAAGGAUCAUAUAAAGGAUCUAAAUAUAAUUAUUCUGCUCUCUUCUUAUUAUAAUUAUUCGUAACAUUAGUUAAUUUACAUCUAUUCUACUUAUGUGUAUAUGUACAGUGUUCAUAUUGUGCUUUAUAUAUAUAACAUCUUUUAUUGACAUCAGC